AUGCUCGUUCUCAUUGCUGGCAUCACUGGCAACGUCGGCCAGAAACUUGCUCAAUCGCUGAGCAAGCGCGGCCACCAAGUGCGCGGCCUUGCGCGCAGUCCCCAAAAGCUAUCCCCUGAGACUCUGGCCGCACUGGAGCGAUUCGAAGUUUGCUCUGGCUACGACGAUAUCCCCGCGUUGGAUCGCGCCUGCGCUGGUGUUGACGCGGUUGUCUGUGCAUAUGGCAUGGAUCCUCGCUUGCAGCUUGAUGGACAACAUCACGUCGAGAUGACUUCUCCCAUCAAGCCUAUUUACAUGUUCAUCGGCAUCUUUGCCGAGACCAUGUUCUCCAUGUUUGGCCAUGGACACGUCGGUCCAAACAUGCCCCUCAUCUGGGAUGCGGAAACCAAGACCAUGAACAUCUGGGGAACUGGCCAUACGACUUGGUUUUGGACUACAGAGACGGAUACGGCCGAGUUCACCGCCGAGGUCAUUCAACGGGAUGACGCUGCUCAGGGCGGAUUUUGGAACGUGUGCUCUGGUGCCCAUUCGCUUCGGCAAAUCGCAGAGAUUUACGAGCGUGAGCGGGGUGUCAAAGUCACGCUCAACAUCCAAGGCUCCAUCGGUGAGCUUGAGGCCAAGGCACUGGAUGCGAGGAGCAAGGGGGAUAAGAGGAAGUAUUACCUCUAUACUGGACUGUUCUACCAGCUCUAUGCGAGCAAUGGUGCCCUCAAUUUUCGAAAGUUGGACAACGACCGACUCCCAGUGUCGGGAAUGACUAUUGAGGAGUUCUUGAGACAGAACCCUCAGAUUUAG